GGGCUUCCUGUACCUCAAGGUGAAAAGAACUGAGAAGAACCUGCAAAAAAGCAGCUGAAAGACAAAAAAACAGUUCAAAAUGAGUCUUCUUGGAGAACCGCCACAUGAAAAUCAUCAGACGGCAGCUGAGGUCCAGGUGYACGAUGAAGCAGACUCAGAGAUGAAGAGCAAUAAAGACGUUAAGGUGAACAAUGUUUCAAAGCUGAGUCAGASUGAAAAAAGAGAAAUCAGCACUCGGACUCUGAUCAGAGACGACUUUAUCCAGUUUAAAGGAGGAUUAAAGAAAAAGUUCAUAGAGAAGGACACAAAUCCAAAAAUGAACGAGCUUACAGAGAAGCCAGUUAAUUCUCUAACUCUGUUUAAAGAAGAUCUAAAUCAUUUCAAGGAGAGCCUCUCCAGUGUUUUCAGAAUUGGCGUUCUGAAAGAACGAGAGAAUAAAGACGAAUCUGUGAAGGAGGACAACAACUCCAGGGUGAAACCGUCCAAAUCUGAGGGAGCCGACGAGCCUUUCAGGAAUCUGUUCAGAUGGGAAAUACCUCUCCUYAAGAUCCAAACAGAAAAAGAUGUGAAGGAAGUUCAAAAGAGCAACYACAGCUUGGAUUUCAUGAGUAAUUUAACCAAACAGAAUGAAGAGAAAAGCAACGCCGCAAAGAACCACGUGAACACAUCUACAACCUGCGAGACGGUAGUUCUGAGCUCUGAGAGGAAAAUCUCUCAAACACAACAAAGUGAGAUGUUUGCAUCAAAAACAGCUGCUCAGAAAUAUGAGACUGAAGACAGGAGAGAGAACUUAUCCAUCGCCUCGGGAGAUGAAGAUGAAGCUUUAACAAYUGUUUCCUCAAACACUCUAAACUCUGGAAUAGAUCUAUUCACUCUGACAAACGACCUGAGGGAUCAGCAGACAGAAGAGCUGUGGUCACCAAAGAACUACGCCACCUAUCUGACCCUUGACCCCAAAACAGCCAACUACGAGCUUCGGCUAACUGAUAGAAACAGAACAGCGACUCGUGACUGGUUGAACACUUGGACCCCAGAACAUCCGGACCGGUUCGAGCGAUGCCCUCAGGUCCUGUGCAGGGAGGGGCUGCUGGAUCCCGUUUACUGGGAGGUGGAGUGGAGCGGCGGCGCCGACAUCGGRGUCACCUACUACAACAUCUCCAGGGACGGAGACGCUGCCAGCUGCCUGCUGGGACACAACGAGUGGUCCUGGAGUCUGGAGUGCUCGGAGGGAAUCUACACGCCGUGCCACAACAACAAGAGGUUCAGGUCCUCRUCACCAGAACCGUUCACCCACAGGGUCGGGGUUUUCCUCAACUUUCCUGAGAAAGAAUUGUGCUUCUACUGCAUCUCUCAGGACACCAUGGUUCACCUGCACACCUUCACCUCUGAUUUCAGCGAGCCGCUGUACCCYGGAUUCUGGGUGUGGUCCAGCUGUGGCUCGGUGAAGCUGUGUCAGGUGGAGUUAGACUGGGAGCGACUGCUGCAGUGACCCUCAAAGCACGGAGGGAGCGGGGCAGCCUUAUAUUUAUAAUUUAUUGGAUUUAAUGCUGAGUCAGCAUUGGAGACACUCCUAUUUUAUAAUGUUUAU